GAGCGUGACGGACGUGCGCAUCAUGUGCUCCAACGGAACGGUAUCAGCGGCCCAGCUUGGCCGUGGAAACAGGUUUGCUGGCUCGAGUGACCAGGAUUAUGAAGUUAUUUUGCCGCGGCUACCAACAGGUCGAAUUGUUGCAAAUACGCUGUUUUUGCACGCCGACGUCAGAGCAAGGCCCUACAAGGUCGAGGAUUUUCGCGACGCACUGGUUCGCUUGGCACUGCUCCCCGAGGUUGUCGCCUUGGGGGCGUACCAGAUGAAUCACAUCUGGGCUAUCACGUUCAAGAGUGUUGACGGAAUGAAGAAGCUUCUUUCAGUCCGUGAAGUGACUGUUAAAGAACGACGGUGCAUUGUCAUUGAUCCCGACGACCAGGACGUGAGGAUGAAGAUCCACUGGAUUUUGUACAACGUGCAAGACGAAGAUGUGCGAACAGCCUUUGCACCUUACGGAACGGUGACGGAAGUCGCCAAGGAACGCUGGCGCGUUCAGGGAGUCAUGGACAAAGGUUCGUCAACGCGUUGUGUGUCUUUGAAGAUGAAGCCUGGAGUCACAAUUGAUGACCUGCCUCACCAGCUACGCAUUGCUGGAGAGCAGGCCCUCGUUGUGGUUCCUGGAAGAGCCCCGCUUUGCCUAAGGUGCCAUACUUCAGGACACGUCCGACGGGAAUGCAAAGUUCCCCGUUGCAGUCAGUGCCGUCGCUUCGGGCAUGACCAAUCGCAGUGCGUCAAAACGUACGCAAAUGUCACAGGACACAUGAGAGGAGAAGACGACUCCGAACUUCUCAUGGAUGCGGACGAAUCCGAGGAGGCAGCGAGAACAGCAGAAAAGAAUACGCCGCAGGCAGCGCCUAACGCCGUCAAGGGGGGCGUGGCAGUGACACAGACUGAAGACCAGACCACUGCGUCGAAGCAGGCUGUUGUAGCCCCGAAGAUUGACGCAGCGGAGCGAAGCACAAGUACUGCUACGGAAGCAGUACAUGGAAAACCUCAAGAGGAGGGAGAAGGCAUGGACGUCGUCCAAACAAGCACGAGUAGUGCUCCAGCAAAGAGGACACACGACAAGGCCUGUGUCGAAGAGGUUCAGCAUCCUUCUGCGAGUGUCGACGAACCACCCCCCAAAUCGGGAGGGCAGCGCCGGCCGACGUUUCGCCCGAAGCCCAACAUCCCGCCGGACAAAAAGCCGGCGAAGACUACACCGACGUAGCAACCUUGGCUCCCUUCUGGCUUGACAAGGAACGAGAGGCGACCCACAACGGGACUACGGCGGCCAGCGCGCUGAGGCUGCGCCAGCCUGCUGCAGAACGCGAGCACGCCUCUUGGGUGGGCUCGAGAACUCUUGUGAAGGGAAAAUUGCUGAGCUUCACUUCUCGGUGUAUUAAGGCUGAAGGUGAGCACGAAGCCGUUCGGCCUAUUUAAUUUAUCGCGCAAAUGGCAGGCAGAACAGAAGCAGCACUUAAAUUUGCCACCUUUAAUGUAAGGGGACUGGCAGCGAGGCGGCGUCAGUAUCAAUUAAGCCGCCUCCUGCUUGAGAACGAUGUGGACGUAGUGGCAGUGCAAGAGACCAAGGUGGAAAGUGAAGCUCAGACGAACCGCAUGGUUGAGCCUUUUAGAAGCCGUUACAAUGUAUGCGUCAGUCAUUCUGUUGGUAAGUCAGGAGGGUGUGCCAUUUUAAUUCGAAAUUCUUUAGGUGUUAUUGAAGAAUCUGUUACAGUUUUCAACACCGGCCGUUUUGUGAUGUGUGAUUUUUCGUAUCUUGAUUUACAGUGGCGCGUAAUGUGUGUGUAUGCCCCAAAUAAGGAAAAUGAGCGCAAAGCUUUCUUCGAAAUGGUUCAGCCCUAUCUGAAGUCUCUUAGAUACAUUAUUCUGAUGGGUGACUUCAACUGCGUAUGCAUGCCCGAAGACAGAGUUACUAACGCGACCAUUCGAAACCAGAGCUCUUUACUUUUGAACGCAAUUGUCCUGGAGCACAAUUUAGAAGACGUCGGUAGUGCUCUGUCAGAAGGUGCCCGUCUGCAGUUCACACAUUUCCAACAAGGAAGUCAUGCAAGACUUGACAGGGUUCAUGCGUCUGCUGGCCUGGUCCCAAUGUGCAGUGACUACUUGAUUAAAAACGUUGCGUUCAGCGAUCAUUGCAUGGUAAUGGUUACAAUAGGAACGAAGACCAAAAGGUCGAAGUUCAACUGGGAACUAUGGAAAUUUAAUAUAAGGCUUCUUGAGGAUGAACGUUUUGUGUUUAAAGUAAAAGAAAAAAUAGACUGUUUGCAAACGGGUGAUCAGAGGGACGUUAUUGGGAAAUGGGAACAUUUUAAAGAAGAAAUAAAAAUGAUCGCUAUAGAAAGAGCGAGUGCGCUGCGUCAAAGCAACAAGGCAGACGAAAAAGAAAUAAAAGAGACAAAAAAUAAGUUAGAACUGAUGGAUAAAGAGAAAUAUAAAGGAGCGGUCAUACGCGCACGUGCAGAACGGUUGUGGUUUGGCGAGACGCCGACAAAGCGGUCCCUGUGCGACGAAAAACGAUAUGCAGUAAAGAACGAUAUAAAAGCGAUAGAGUACAAGGGCGAAAUGGCUCGUGACUCUAAUACUAUUCAACGUGCGUUUGUUGAUUAUUACGAAGGACUACUGGGUCACGAGUCACGUGUAGAAGGCCUCGCGGCGGAGUUCUUGGCACUGAUGCCUAUCUUAGAGGAUGAAGUCAAGCUGGGGCUCGAGGCAUCGAUUAGUGCAGCGGAAGUAGAGCGCGCAAUCGACGAGUUAAGCUCCGGAAAAUCACCUGGUCCCGACGGGCUGGGCGCAGCUUUUUACAAAGCGUUUAAGUCUGACAUGGCGCAUAUUCUACACAGCGUAAUUCAAGAAACAUACGAAAAGCAGAUGAUGCCUCCGUCCUUCCGAAGAAGUCACAUCGUCCUAGUACCGAAGAGUGAAGACCCGGUUAAGAGAUUGUCAGUCAAAGGGUAUCGGCCCAUAAGUCUCACGAAUGUGGACUAUAAAAUAUUCAUGAAGGUUCUGGGCAGAAGGUUGCAGAAUGUCAUAAAAGCUAUUGUAGGCCAGCACCAAACGUGCGGGAUUAAAGGACGUACGAUAACGACAAAUAUUCACGUAGCACGGAGCAUAUUAGAAUGCUGCGAUGCUUUUGAUAAACGUGUAGCCAUGUUGCAACUGGACAUGGAAAAGGCCUUUGACCGCGUCAACCACCAUGUUCUGUUUUGUAUCCUCGAACACGUGAAUGUCGGCAGAGUGCUCUUGGAAGGUGUCAAAAUGGCAUAUGCUGGUUGUACGGCAAACCUUAUUGUUAAUAAGCAGCUGAGUGAAAGUAUCACAGUUCGUUCUUCCGUGAGGCAAGGGUGCCCAUUGUCUCCGUUGUUGUUUGCACUGUAUCUCGAACCUUUUUGCCUGAAAAUUAUAUCAAACGAAAAAGUGCGUGGCUUCACGAUGUUGUCCACUGAAGUUAAAGUACUUGCGUAUGCGGAUGAUAUCGCCAUAUUUUGCGAAGAUAGGGAAAGUCUAACUGAAGUGGUGAAGGACGCGGCUAGGUUUUGCAAAGCCUCCGGAAGUGUGAUAAACUGGGAAAAGUGUUUUGGUUUCUGGCACGGAAAAUGGGAUUAUGCGCCUGAAAUGUUUGAGAGCGUUCAGUGGGCAACGUCACCUGUCAAAUACUUGGGAGUGCCACUAGACCAAUAUCAAGAACCUGCAAAAUAUUGGGAAGCGGAAAAUGAGCGCACACGCGAAUGUACGCACAAAUGGGGUGGCCGCGAUCUUUCAAUUUUCGCUCGGGCCACAGUAUGUAACCUCUUUUUGGUGGCCAAGGUAUGGUAUGUGCUGCAGGCACUGUGUAUGUCACGGACCAGCGUCCAGAGAUUGCACCGGGCUUUCGCAGUGUUCAUUGGGGGGUCGAGUUGGGAGCGGACAAGUCGCACAAAUCUAUUUUUGUCCGUUGGAAAGGGUGGCCUAGGUUUGGCUCAUUUGUUUCUUAGGCAACUUGUGUCAAGAUUUAUGUUCCUCCGAGACCAAAAAGAUGCUUUCCUGCGUACGGUAAUGCAAAUUUGCUUGAAAGAGGCACUGCCUGAAUAUGUUGUAUCAUCCAGCCCUGUGAAACAUGUACGGGUGCGGGGCUUUCUUUGGGAGGUUGUGCGCGCUUUUCAGUGUUUGAAAGUUCGCUUUUCUGCACAGUAUCUUGCUGAUGUUAGAAGGAAACAACUUUAUAAAGACCUCAUUGAUACUAUGGUGCCUAUACCUUUGUACCGUUCCAUAUACUGUGUUGGCUCUGAAGGGAAUGUACUUAAGAGAGUGAAAAAGAUGUUGGUGCGGCCCUCAAUGAAAUCAUUCUUCUUUCAGCUGCACACUGGCACACUGCCCGUGAAACCAUGGCUACAAGAGAAAGGAAUAUUUGUCCCAUGGUCCACAAAUUGUCUAAUCUGUAGAAAACCGGAGACUAUAGAUCACAUGUUCCUUCACUGCACAGACGCUGUAUUUCACUGGGACGUCUUGCAGCGAACUUUAAAAAAGCAGCUUCCAAUAUCACCUUACGGCAUAAGAUUUCUAUCGGUAGAUAGCGGUGACGAAGUGCCGUGGGACAUGUUUAUGCUUAUCAGCUUACACAGUAUAUGGAAAAAUCGAAUGGCGUUUAGGCAUGCAGAUGAAAUUAUUCUCCCUGUACGAGAGUAUUUCAUUGAAAAUGUGUCUUAUGUAAGAGAUGUGUUUAAGGCUCAAAAAGAACAGCCGGAAUGGCUCCCAUUAAUGGAUGACCUCGCCAAACUGAAACGCUUUUAAUCCUUCGGUGUGAGCUGGCCAGUGCACCGCUCGCAUCUUUUACUUGUAAAGCGAUAUUAGUGUUUUGUAUGUCUUUCGUUGUCAUGUACCAAGAAGGUAAUAAAGAA